AUGUACAAGUUAAAUAUUCUUGCUCCAAAAUAAUUUUUCGAUUUACAAACACCAAUCAACUUUCUUGUGAAAAAAAAAAAUUUUGCAAAUGUUAGAGAGAUCAGAUAAACAAAUAAAAAUGAAUAAGGUAAUAAAAUUAACUCUUAUUCAUUACCACAUAAUAUUUGGAUUUAUACUCCUCUUAACUAAUCAAAUAAUCGAAUCAUAAAACCUUAAGGAUCUUUAGCAUUACAUCAAAAAAUCAAUAAACUACCGAUUUAUAUGUCUAGAAAGGAUAUGAUUAAUGAAUUAGAGAAAUUUAAACAAAGAGCUUGUUCUACAUCUCCAUCAAAAAAACAGAAAAAAUAUCAUAAUUUAUUCUAUAAUAAUGUAGAAAGGAAUGAAAAAUUGAAAAAGUAUUUCCAGACAUAUUCAUCAAAUAGUCCUUAAAAAUUGAAUAGUAUAUCAAAUAUUGAAGAUUCACGUUAAUAAUUCUUUACAACACCAAAGUCAUAUGAAAUUAAUUACAAAAGAUUAAAUUCUGUGAAUCCUUCCAUCUAGACUAAAUUCCCAUAAUUGAAGAAAAAUUAAAUAAAAGCUGAAUCUAAAGAAAUAGAUAGACAAAACAGUGAACUCAUGAAUACUUCUAUCAAUUAAAACUGUUAGGAUAAAUUCUCACCUAUAUAAGAGAGUAGUCAACCUAAAAAAUACUAUCAGAUUAAUAAAUGUAGUAUUUAAAGAAAUAAAUUUUUAAAUGACUCAUACAGAUUAUAUGGAUUUGUUACAGAAAUAAAAGAAUAAAAAUAAAAAUAUUCUGCAUUACAUGUAAGUAAUUUCAAUAAUCUAAAUAAAUCAACUGAAUAAAAUAUAAAUGCAAGUCAAUCUAAAUCAAGAGAAGUAACUCCAUAAAAUAAAAGCAUGAAAAAAUCAAAGUCUUCAAAAGAUAAAUUAUGUAUUUUGCUUAAAUAAUCUCAUUUAAAGUAUCUUGAAAGACAUCUUAAAACUUCUGAUAAAAGACAUAAAUCUCCAAAAAAAUUAGAAGAAUAUGAAAUAACAAAAGAUAAAAAUAUAAUACUUUCUUAUUUUCCAAAUUAACAAUCAAGUUAGAUUCUUAAAAAAAAUAAUAAUAAUGUAUUUGAUAAAAUAUUUUGA